AUGUCCGACAACAAGCAAAAGAGCCAGCAGGAGAUUUCCUCCGAGUUCACUUCAUACUACCUCCAGCGAGCAACCAAGGAGUUUGCCGAGGAUCUGGACAAGGUGCGCACGGCCGACGACUUUAAGAACGAUGCCAUCCACCUGCUCGUGAAUGCACUUCAGCAGGGCACUGCGCUCUUCUCUCCCGAGGAGCAGAGAAGGAUAGUUGAGACUGCGCCGGAGAGGAAGUGA